GACCGGUGUAUAUAUGACAUUGUUGUUUAGAUCAUCUUCGUGUUAUUUUGCUCAGUUUCAGAAACAGAAAAUCUUUUCUAGAGGUUUCGUGUUUGUUAUGGUUUCAUAGUGUAAUGCAAACGAUAGAAUGAAACAUCUAAAUAUAGUGACUUAGUCUGCAUUUUAUAGUUAAUCGACAGCGUUUAGUUGCGGAUAGACUGUACGUUAGCGUUGGUAGAACUACUAGUAGUAGUAGCUAUUUUCCAUAUAGAUAUUGCUGCGUGUCCGCUUCAGCGCUACUGCUACUAGUACUAGUGAAACAGAGUUUACCGAGACACACCCUUUGGUUCUGCUGCAGUGCUGGUGCUAAAACUAAAACCAACAUUGAGCUAUGCUAGAACGUAAGAAAAUUUGUUAAUCGUAUGUUUCCGAAAACAUUCUGUGGUGUGACAAUUUAAAAAAAAUUUUCAAUAUAUAAUAACUACAACUAGUACAAGUAUGCCACAAAUAGAAGUUUGCUUUAAACUAUAAAGUUUAAUACUGCUGAAGUUUCAUAGAAUGAAAGAAAACUAAGAUUAGUAAGAACAUAAAACGGUUCGUUAUUUUUGCAUCUAAGUGCAAAACUAAGUAAAACUAAAAAUGUUUGAGAGUAUUGUAGUAGACUUGCUCAACAGAUUUCUUGGAGAUUAUGUUGAAAAUUUGGAUCGUUCGCAGUUAAAGCUUGCAAUAUGGGGAGGUGAUAUCACUCUGAAAAAUCUUGAUAUCAAACAGAAUGCACUGAAUGAACUAGAUCUUCCAGUAAAAGUUGUUUCAGGUCAUUUGGGUGAACUUGUUCUAAAGAUUCCAUGGAAAAACAUUUAUUCAGCUCCUGUUACUGCCAAAAUUGAUGGAUUAUAUGUUGUUGUUACUCCAAAUGCUAGUCAGAGGUACAAUGAAGAUAAAGAGAAGAAAAUGGCCCAAGAGGCAAAAAAAAAAGAACUUCAAAGAAUUGAGGAUGCAAAAGCUAGGGAAGCACAGAAAGAUAAAGACAAAGAGCAGAAGCAAGAUACUUUUACAGAAAAGCUGGUCACCCAGAUAAUUCGCAAUUUACAGGUGAAAAUUAUGAAUAUUCAUGUUCGGUAUGAAGAUAAUUUCACUAAUCCUGCCAGUCCCUUUGCUGUUGGUAUAUCUCUUCAUAGCUUGUUUUUUGAAACAACAGAUGAGAAUUGGAAACCAUGUGUCAUCCAGGAAGCUGUAAAAAUGUUUAAUAAGCUUGUGACUUUAGAUAGUUUGGGAGUGUAUUGGAACAGCAAUGUAGAACUUCUCAGUGAAAUGAACUAUGCUGACAGGAAAAGUGCAAUGAUACGAAUUAUUGCUUCCAAGGAAUAUAAGCCUAUGAAUGUUUCCUAUCUGCUUGGACCUAUAAGCCUUACAGCAAAAAUGAUAUUAAAUCCAAAACCAGAAACUGAUGGGUCAAAUUUUUCCAUUCCUAAAGUUCAGUUGGACAUAACAAUUGAGGAUAUUGCCAUUGGAAUGAGUAAAUCACAAUAUCAAGAUGUUAUACGACUCUUAGAGGCUCUGGAUCGAAUGACAUUAGCAUCUAUGUAUAAGAAAUACAGACCAGAUGAACCUUACAAAGAUAAUGCAAAAGUAUGGUGGAAAUUUGGUGUUACUUGUGUUCUCGAAGAAGAUAUAAGAAGAAGACAAAGAAAUUGGUCAUGGGUACACAUGCAGCAGCAUCGAACAACUUGUCGUAAAUAUAAAGAACUGUAUAAACAAAAACUUAUGUCCAAAAAAAUAUCACAAGGUAUUCAACAACAGAUUGAUGAAUGUGAAAAUGAACUGGAUAUUUUUAAUAUAACCAUUAUGCGAAAACAAGCAGAAGUGGAAGUUUCACGUGAAAUGAAAAACAAAGCAUCACAGUCUGGUGGGUGGUUUAGCUGGUGGUUUGGUGGAGGUCAGAAAGCUCAAGAAACAACUGCUGGUGUUGGAGGGGAAAUUGUUAAAAAAAUUGAUGAUGCUAUGACAGAACAAGAAAAGGCACAACUUUAUGAAGCCAUUGGUUAUCAAGAAAAUGCUGCUCCAGCAGAGUAUCCAAAGGAGUUCAUUGAAAACAAGCUAUUUUUUCAAUUGAACAAUUUUGUCAUCUUAAUCAAAGAUGACACAAAAACAACAAAAGAAGUAAUGACAAUUAACUUAAGUAAUGUUUCAAGUUCAAUUGAACACAGACCAUCUGCAGAGGCAAUCAAAGUGGGUGUGCAGUUGGAAGGUUUUACUAUUAAUGGAGUAGUAUCAUCAAAUGGAAAAAGACCACAAAUGGUAAAGGUUGAAAAAUUAGGUACACCAGAAAAGAGUGCUUUGCUUCAAGUGCUCUUUGAAACAAAUCCUUUAGACCAGUCAUGUGAUCAAAGACUAAAUUUGGCAACAAUGCCACUGGAAAUAGUUUAUGAUGCUUGUACCAUAAAUGACUUGAUUGAAGUAUUUAAGCCUCCUCAAACAGUAUCACUUUAUCAAUUGCAGGCUGCUGCUGCAAUAAAACUGGAAGAUUUUAAGGAGCAAUCAGCACUUGGAUUACAGUAUGCUAUUGAGCAGCACAAGAAUUUAGAUCUAAAUAUUGACAUCAAACCUUCUUAUAUUGUCAUUCCAGAAAAUGGAGCUUUUGAAAAAAGUCCAAAUCUUUUGGUGAUUAACCUUGGAAAUUUUCAAAUGCAGUCUAUCAAAACAGAAAUAGGAGAUUCAGUAUCAGUCAAAAGUUUGGUUAAAGCAGGAAGUACAGAUAAAGAAGUUUUGGAAGCAAUGAUUACUCAAGCAUAUGACAAGUUCCAUAUUAGCAUACAGAACAUAAGUAUAUUACUUUCCAGAGCUGACACUGAUUGGAAAAGCCUAACAAAAGAAGAAAUGUCAGACACUCAUUUGUUACAUCCAGUUUCUGUGGAUGUCAACUUCAUGAAAGCAAUAAUAGCAGAUGAUCCUCGGAUGCCCAAAAUUAAAAUCUCUGGAGAACUACCACUUUUGAAUCUAUCUGUAUCUGACCAGAAACUAAAGAAUUUGAUGAAACUUGGACAGAGUAUUCCACUUCCUGAAAAUCAGCCAGAACCUAAAGUAGAAAAUAUAGAAGUUACUACUACUGCUUCAAAGGAUGGUGCUCAGGUACAAGCUAAAGCUCUAAAACAAGUCACUCGGCCAGAAACAUUGGUAAUCCAUGAGGAGCAGAGUGAAGAUAAGGAGGAAACUGGAAUAAAGGAAAAAGAUGCUGGUCAGUUUACUGACCUUCAAUUAAAUUUUGAGAUAAAAAGAAUAGCAAUUGACAUAUCUCACCAGGUAGGUGGGAAAGAAAAAGAAAUGAUAAGUUUUGGUAUUCAUAGACUUGGAACUAGUGUCUGUAUGCGCACUUUUGACAUGAGUGUAGAUGUUCUGUUAGGUGGAAUUUCUUUGGAGCAUAAGGAAUACUCAACACCAGAUGGAAAAGAACUUUACCUGCUUAACACUCCAUUGACUUCCAGUGAAUCAAGUAACCUCUUAACAUUACAGUAUGUGCAGGCUGACAAAAAAGGACCACUUUUUACUACACACUAUGAAUCCACAGUACAGAGGAUUAUUGUCAGAUUUACACAACUAGAUAUAGUUUUACACCAGGAUGCUUUACUCUCUUUAAUGAAAUUUACAACUAACCUAACAGGAGAGUUGCAGCAACCUAGACAACCACAGAAACCAGCAGUAAUGGCUAGUGCUUCAGAGGUUUCAGCAGAAAAGCAAAUUGUGCAAAAAUCAAAAGAAGAAAUGAAGCCCUUUAAAAAGAAACCUAAAGAUGAUGGUGUUAUUGAUAUAAAACUUGAUGCUAAUUUAUCUUCUCUGGGGAUUUCAAUUUGUACCAGUAAAAUUAAAAUUACCAAUAUGCAGAUCAGAGGAUUAGAUGCUCAAGUGAAAGUUCUUAAAUCUAAAACAAUGUUAGUUGCUUGCUUGAAAGAGCUUUUAGUUACUGACUCAACAACAAAUGCUGCAUAUCCAAACAUCCUGUCUACUGUUAGUGGAGAUCUUUUGAAUGUGGACGUUGUCGUCUUCAAUCAAGCAACAGAAGAUGAAAAUUAUUCAGACAUGUCAGCUGUGGACCUGAAACUGAAGUUAUCUCUUGGAGCAAUAAAACUUGUUUUUCUAAAUCGAUAUGUUUCCAAGAUACUGAAUUUUAUUAGUGAGUUUGAUACAGCAAAAGAAAAGGUAGCAGAGGCAAGUGUGGCAGCAGCAGAGAUGGCCAAACAUGGGCUGGAAGAUGCAUAUGAAAAGGCAACAAGAGUUUCAUUAGAUAUACACCUUAAAGCUCCUGUUAUAAUAAUUCCACAAAAUUUUAGUUCUCAAACAGUUCUUGUAGCAGACUUAGGAACACUGAAAUUGUGCAAUAAGUUUGAAAAGGGGAAUGUGACUAGUGAAACAGGAAUGCCAGCAGUAUUUGAUAAGCUGUUUUUGGAAUUUUGUAAUUUGAAACUUUCUACUGCAGUUGUUGAUACUAUAUCAGGAAAUAUUCUAGGAGAAGCUACUUUGCUGGAACCCAUCAAUAUGAGUUUGGAAGUAACUCGUAACCUAGCAAUAGGUUGGUUUAAGAAGGUCCCAGAAAUGGACAUCAAAGGAAAGCUUGCUGCUGUCAAGAUGAUUAUAAGUCAAGAAGAUGUCACUAUUAUUAUGAAAAUUUUGGGUGAAAAUCUUGGUGAUGUAGAACCAAGUGAUUCUUCAUUAGAAUCUUUGAAUAAAGGUACAACAAUUGAAAAACCUACAAACCAAAAGGAAGUACCUGUACAACAACACCUAGAAGAGAAGGCAAAAGAUUCUGAUUCUAUUCAUCCAGUUUUUAAAAAAAUGACAUUUGCUUUUCAUCUGGACAGUUUAAUGGCUUGUUUGUUUGAGGGAAGCUCAGAACUUUCUUCAGGGUUUUCAAAAAGGAAUCCUGAAUGUGCACUGGCUCAGUUUGAGCUCUUGACCAUAGCAGUAAAAGGAGAAAUGCUGAGUGAUACCUCUCUUUGGGCAAAUGUCAUUCUUGUGAACUGCAUCUUAGAUGACAAGCGAUCUAUCAGAACUAAGGGAAUCACCAGGUUAAUGCAGUGUGUUUCAACCGAAGAUGAUAUUCAAAAUAUGAUUGAUGUUACUUUUCGACAAGAGUCAAGUUUAGACAAAUUUCUGGAUGCCAGAAUAUCAAGUUUCAAUCUAAUUGUUAACUUGGGUUAUUUGAUGGCAUUGGGAGAUUUCUUUUUAAAAGCUAUGCCAGAAAGUCCUCCACCAAAACCUACUACCACCACUUCAUCUACAGAAUUAAAGUCUUCAGUUGUUUCAGAUCAGGUAGUCAGUGUCCCUAAAGCAAGCACAACUAUAAACCUACAAAUUAAACAGCCAGAUAUAAUACUAAUUGAAGACAUGGAGGACUAUAAUUCUAAUGCUGUUAUUCUGAACCUUCAAAUGGUUGCUAAAGUUCGAUCAUCACCAGACUCUCAAAUAAUUUCUGGCUCACUUUCCAGGCUUCAACUUUUUACAGCAUGUUUUAAUCCUGAAUUGAGAUCCCAAACAACAUCAGAAAUUUUAAGUCCCUGUGACAUCAGUCUUCACUGCAGUUCACCAGGCAUGAAAGGCCAACAUGUGAAUAUUGAAUUCUCGAGUAUUCUUCUUAAUGUUUCUCCAAACAUUAUAUUUAUAUUAACAAAAAUUCUGUCAGGCCUGUCUCCACAACAAAGUUCAGAAGAGCUAGAAAUAAAUAAGCCUUCUCAAGAUUAUUCUAAUUUGUGGUUGGCAAAAAAACUUGAAGAAUGUUCUUUUUGGUUUCUAGAAACUUUGGAUCCAGCAAAAGAAGUAUUAGAAGAUAGCAUUUUAACUAUUGAUGAAGCUGUAGAGACAGAUAUAGAUUCAGAAGUGCUUAUGCUAAAAAUGAGCACAAUAUCAUUAACAGUUGCUAUUGGUAGAGGAAAACAGACAGUUCCUAUGGUUUUGAUAGAAGCUGGUUUCCAGGCAGAAGUUCAAAACUGGAGUUCAUUCCUUCAUGUUGGCUCAAUCUUUUUUAUGGAAAUUGCUUAUUACAAUGAAAAGCUAGCAUUAUGGGAACCUCUUCUUGAGCAAGUUGAACAACCAGUAGGAGGAUCAAAACCUUGGGAAUUAAGAAUGGAAGUGACCAAAAAUCCUGAAUUACCAGAACCACCUGCUGAAGAGGGAGAAACAACAGAAAUUUGUUUUCAACCUCCAGUUAUGAGCAUUAGUGUAAUCUCUAUUGAUGUAAUGGAGUUGACAGUAAGUAAAGUUGCAUUAGAGGUCCUGACUAACCUAGGACAAGCUUUUGGGGAAGCAGUUAACCAAGCCCAUGGAAAUAAACUAGAACAACCAGAUGCUCCAUAUGUUGUGAAAAACAACUUGGGAAUUCCAAUGUCUGUUUUGCUGAAUAAUGAUAGUUUUCAGGUAGUUGGGCAAGAAGAGUCUGGUUUCAAAGAGGUGUUACUAGAGCCUGAUACCACAGUAUGUCUAAACCAAUCUUCUUCCAGUGAUGUUAUAGAAAGCCAUACAUCCAUUCUAAAAAAGCAGAAUGUAAAAAUGGAAGAAGUACUUUGCAUUAAGAUUGAAACAGAUCAAAUCAACAUUGUUCGUAAAAUCAACAUUGCUCAAGUUGGCAAACGAUAUUUUCAACUACCUCAUAAAACCUCCCCAGGUGAUCAGUGGGGCUUUGUUACAGAUGUUAUUUCAUCAUAUGGUUCAAAAAUUAUUACUUUUCAAUCUUGCAUAACCGUGAGAAAUCACAUUUCAGUUGCAAUGGAACUGUAUUAUAUGAGACCAGGAGGAAAUGAACUAGAAAUGUGUGGUGUUAUAGAACCUGAAAAGAUAUCUUUUGUUCCACUGUAUGCCGUAUAUUGUCCUACUAGUGAAUUAUUCUUUAAACCUGCUGAAGGUACAUAUAAUGUUUGUAUGGAGCCAUUUGUUUGGAAGGACCUAGUGAAUGAACCUGGAACUUCAAAAACACUGCAUUGUGGUGGUCGUAACACUGGAGAACGAAGCUUUUAUCUCAAAGUAUUUGGAGAAGUUGAACAAGUACUCUUUGAAGACUCUACAAAAAGAACUAUGAUCAGUACUUGCUACAUUUUGCAUUUGCAACCAACUGCAUCAUUGAGAAAUUUACUUCCACUAGUUAUUAACUACACUAUACAAGGAGUGGAUGAGGAAUUUGUUUUGGAAGAAGGUAAGACCCAUGAUCUUACCUCAGCUGAUCCAGGUAAAACAUUCUUGCAUAUCAAGUUACCUGAUUAUGUAGAGCAAAGCUGGACUUGCAGUAAAGAACUAAAUCCUGAUGUCGACGAACUCACUGUUUGGACAUUUUCAUCAAAAAGUUUGGAUAAAGAACUGACUUUAGAUCUUGGUAUGCAUACACGGAAAACUACUGGUUAUUUGGAUAUGGAAAUUUACUGUCCCUUUUGGAUGAUAAAUAAAACAAACUUACAUAUAACAUACAAAGGAGAAGAACAAAAUACAACUAGUCAUCCAGGAAACCUAAAUAUCCCCUUAUUGUUUUCAUUCAGAGCCAAAAAUUUCUUUUCUAAGAAAAAAGCUUCUUUGAAAGUAGAAGAUUCAGAUUGGUCAGAUAAAUUUGCAGUAGAUGCUGUAGGAAGUAGUGGUUCAGUUGCUGCAAAGGUGAAAGAUGGUAAGACAUACUGUUUAGGGGUACAAAUUGUACUUGGCCAAGCUAGUUUGACUAAAGUAGUUGUGUUCACACCAUUUUAUUUGUUAACAAACAACUGUAAAUUUGAUAUUGAAUGUAAAGAAGACCUAGAGUCAGCACAGUGGUUUACUAUCGUUGCUGGAGAAUGUGUUCCAUUUUGGCCUGAUCAAACCAAGAAACCAGAAAUGGUGGUAAGGUAUGCUGGGAGUCAAGAUCAGACUGCACCUUUUUCCUUCAAGGAACCACAUUCCAAUUUAUUAAGGCUAGCUGGUACAAAAGGUGCAAUAUAUGUGGAUUGUCAGGUUGGUGAAUCUUCAACUGUACUUACGUUUUGUGAUUACUAUGAUGGAUCAGCCCAAGUUCGACUUGUCAAUCACACAGACAAAUUUACUAUAGAAUAUCUUCAAAGUGGCAAAAAAGAGAAACACCAGUUGGCACCACUUCAUAGUGUCCUUUACACAUGGGAAGAUCCUCUAGGUAAAAAAGAACUUACUUGGUCAUGUGGAAAGAAAACCAAUGAAAAAAACAGUCUUAUUCAAGAUGGAAUUGAAGGCUUUAAUGCUGAUAAAGACUCAAAAGUAUAUUGGGUAUCUUUUUUGGAUGGAUUACAACGAACUCUAAUGUUUACAGAAGAUAUUGCUUUGGCAACUGCUGCUCAAGAAGCAGGAGAGCUAGAGCGUAUUGAGCAAGAAAUAACCAUUUCUCUGCAGGGAGUGGGAAUUUCUCUUGUAGACAAUGAUAGUAGAUCUGAAAUUGUUUAUAUUAGUUUAGCUAAUUCAGGAGUGCUCUGGGAACAAUGCAAGUUAAAAAGUCGUAGAUAUAAACCCGUAAGUUUAAAAGAAAAUCUAAUAAUUGAGAAUGGUUACCAAAAGUUUUUGAAAGAAAUUAAAGCUGGAAAAACACCAAAACCAAAACAAUCUCUUGAAAGUAAAUUAGAAAUAGAUUAUUCUGAAAUGAUGAUGUAUAAACCCAACAAAAGGAACAUUAGAAGAACGUUUCAAGUAGGUCUAUGGGCUCAAUAUUGUACAUCACCUCAUCAAUUGCAGCUUCAUGCCAAGAUUAACAAAUUGCAGAUUGAUAACCAACUAUCUGACUGUGUAUUUCCAGUUGUUAUUGCUCCAGUACCACCUCCAAAGUCUGUUGCUGCUGACAGUGCUCCUAAGCCUUUUACUGAGGUUAGUAUUAUGAUGAGGAUCGCAGAACACAGCCUAAUCAAUCAAUUCAAAUACUUUAAAGUAUUGAUACAAGAAUUUCAUGUGAAAGUAGACCAGAGCUUUCUAAAUUCUUUGAUUUCUUUUUUUUCUCCUAAAGAACAAAUUCAAACAAAUCAUGAAGAACUCCUUGAUAAAGACAAAGAAGCCUUAAAGAAAGACUUGAAGGUGUUUGCUACAACAUAUUCUUCUCAGGAGCAAAAGAGCUUUUAUGACAUUCUUCAUUUCUCACCAAUUAAAGUACAUCUAAGUUUCUCCAUGACAGGAGGUAGUAGUGAUCCUAAUCAACCAACUCCUAUUCAUUCUGAUUUCAUAAAUCUUCUUCUACAGAGUGUAGGGGUCACAGUAACUGAAAUACAGGAUGUGAUAUUUAAACUGAAUUUCUUUGAGAAAAAGCACUCUUUUUUCACUCAGAAACAGCUUGUUUCAGAUGCCACUAUGCAUUACACUGGACAAGCUCUUAAACAACUUUAUGUGUUGGUACUUGGGCUUGAUGUUAUUGGUAACCCUGUAGGAUUAUUGCUAGGAAUUAGUGAAGGAGUGGGUGACUUCUUUUAUGAGCCAUUCCAAGGGGCGAUUCAGGGUCCUGAGGAGUUUGCAGAAGGACUUGCAAUAGGUGUUAAAAGUUUGUUUGGGCAUGCUGUUGGAGGGGCUGCUGGAGCUGUCUCUCGUAUCACAGGGACUCUAGGUAAGGGCCUGGCUGCCCUCACAAUGGAUCAAGAGUACCAGAAGAAGAGAAGGCAGCAAAUUAACAAACGACCUGGAGACGUUAGACAAGGUCUAGCACAAGGUGGAAAGGGAUUUGUCAUGGGAGUAUUUGAAGGAGUCACAGGAGUAGUAACCAAACCAAUGGAAGGUGCAAAGGAAGAGGGAGUUGGAGGAUUUUUCAAAGGUGUUGGAAAAGGCUUGAUUGGAGUUGUUGCUCGUCCAACAGUUGGUGCUGUUGAUUUAGCUAGCUCAGGUCUAGAAGCUGUAAAAAAAGUGACUGAACUUUCUGAUGAAAUUAAAAGAGCAAGGUGUCCUCGCUACAUCCACCCAGAUGCGAUUAUUAGGCCAUACAGUCGUCUUGAAUCUGAGGGAAAUCAACUUUUGCAGGAAGUUGAAAAGGGGCGUUUUGCUACUACAGAUGAUUAUGUGGCUCAUCUUCCAGUUGGCGCUGAUGGUAAAAAUCAUUUACUGGUGACGAACAGAAGAGUAAUGUUCAUAUCCAGAGGAGAUAUUUUUGGCCAGUGGAACACAGAAUGGCAGCUGACUUGGAGUGAAAUUAAAGAAACUCCACAGAUCACGGAGAAGGGGAUCAAAUUCCUCCUGAAGGAGCCCAAGAAAAAGAAAUUAGGAGGACUAUUUGGGGGCGGAGAAACAGGCAGGGUAGUUCACAUCCGCGAUCCACAACUAUGCACUUGGAUUGUGGGUAAGAUUGAAGAAGCUAUUAAGCGAUCUGCAUAGAUUUUAUUACUUAGCUUUGGACAUAUGUGUAAUAUAAAGAAGUUUAGAACUUUAAUCUGCACAAUGUUAGUUUAAUAAUGGUUCACUGGGAGAAGUACUUAAACUUCUACUAUUUGUUUAAGUGCUGUGUUGCAGACAGAGCCUUGCUUGUAUUUUUAGUAAUGUUAUCUAAAACGAAAAUGUAGAAAUCCAGCUGUUUGUCAAAAAAAAAAGUAACCUUACUUGGAAAACCGUAUUGGAGCUAAGCUUUUUAAUGUUAGUAGUAGUAUCGGUACAAGUGAUGAUUAACACGUUACAGUGAAACUUUAAGACACUUUGAAGAAAAAAGUUGUUGUAGAGAAAUAUUUGUUUAAACACGCGCUGAAUUAAUGUUUGUAUGUUGUUGUUGUUUUUUCAUAAAAUAAAUUUUGACAAAUUGUCCUAGCCAAACUGGCAUGAAUAAUGUACAUUUGGUAGACAUGCUAUUUUAAACAUUAUUUUCUAUUAUUGUCAGUUUUGAAAAGUAAACUGCUUUAGUAGGCAUUCUGAUGGGCAUUUUAAAAUUAUUUUAUUAUAAUUAAAUAUUGCAAAUCAUGAUUUAGAAAAUUGCUUGUUUGGACUUUCUGUUGUCAUCUAGAGCUCUGUGGCGUAAUUGUUUUUAUUUGAUUUUAUGUGCAACCUAUACAUAGUCAUUUAAGAGUGUACUAUAUUUUUUCUAUUAGACUAUUAUUCAGUAAUUGUGUAGCGCUUAAAAUUUGUUUUGUUACAAUUCAUUAUAUUUGAAUGUAUUCGUAUUUUAACAAAGCUUAAUAAACAUGACCUAGCUGCU